AUGGCAGCUUAUGCAGCUCUCGCUUCUCUCUUGAAUACCAUUCAGCAGAUGAUGACCCAUCCUACCCUUUCCACUUCUUUCCACAACAUUCAGAUCCAAUCUCUUCAGGAGAAGGCUACUUUGUUGCUCCAUUUCAUAGAGACCUAUCAUUACGGUGGUGGAGUUAGCCAAGAAGCACAACAUCUCGAAAGCCAAAUCACAUCUGCAGCUCAUACAGCUGAGGAUAUGAUUGAAUCACACAUCGUCAAUCAACUCCUUCCUCUUUCAGCGCAUCAUCGCGAAGCAGCUUUCAGUUUCUCUCUCUAUCUACAGAAAAAGAGGGCAAUUGAAGGGGAAAAUGCAGCUGCAGUUGGAGAUGUGGAUCAAUUUCAUGGUGGAUCCAACCAACCAAUUGAAAAGCCUGCACCUCAUGUGGCUACAGGAGAUGGAUGCUUGGAUUAUCUGCGACAGAUAAUUGAAGACAUGGAUGCUAUCAUCCAAAAGGCCAACGAGUUGAAGGAGAAACAGAGAUUCAGAGAGGAGCAUUCAAUACCUCCUCUUACUCUUACUCAGACCAGAGAAGAAAGUGGUAUGGUGGGAUUUCAUGAUGAGUUGAUUCAACUUCUUGACGAGCUCACCGAUCAACGAUCCAAUCGGCAAAUCGUCUCAAUCGUGGGUAUGGGCGGCAUGGGUAAGACUACUCUUGCCAAAUCUAUUUAUGCUAAUCAACUCAUCAUUGAACGCUUUGAUAUUCGUGUUUGGGCUACCGUAUCACAGCAAUACAAUGCUAAACAAAUUCUUCAACAACUUUCUGACAAAGACAACUCCUCCGAUGAAGAUGUAGAUAAAUUAGGAGAACAAUUACAUAAAACUUUAUUUGGUAGAAGAUAUUUGAUCAUAUUAGAUGACAUAUGGAGUGUUGAAGCUUGGGAUGAAGUGAGCCGUUUCUUUCCCGAUAACGGAAAUGGAAGUCGGAUUGUUCUAACUACUAGGUUGUUAGAUGUGGCUAACAAUUGUGGCUCUUCUUGCUUUUCUAAGAAUCUUCUAGAUGAUAAUGAAAGUUGGAAAUUAUUAUGUAAGAAGGCAUUCCAAAAUGAAAAUUGCCCCACUGAACUAGAGGAAGUCGGAAGGGAGAUUGUUAAAUUAUGCAAAGGACUAGCAUUGUCCAUUGUUGUGAUUGGUGGGAGUCUUCAAAAGUCUCCUAGGACUGUAGGAUAUUGGAAGAAUGUUGCCAGAGAAAUAGAAUCAAGUCCUAAUUCAAAAGAGAAAGAAGAAAGCUUAAAUGUAUUGUUUUCAAGUUAUAACCACUUGCCUCCUCAUCUAAAGCCUUGCUUUCUUUAUAUUGGAGUUCUUAAACUCACUAAUUAUGAGAAACUCAACGUCUCGAGCCUCAUCCAACUUUGGGCUGCUGAGGGAUUUUUGAAACCAAAUGGAGGUCGAACUUUAGAAGAGCUUGCUGAGGAUUACAUAAAGGAUCUUAUUGAUAGAAAUCUGAUAUUAGUUGGCAGACAACGUAAAAAUGGGAGGAUGAAAAGUUGUGAUAUUCAUGAUCUUUUGAGAGACCUAUGCUUAAAAGUAGCUGAGCAACAAGGGCUUUUUCAUGUAAACAGUCGAAGCCCUAUACAAGGCACAGAACGCCGCCUGGUAUGUAAUAAGGCUCCUUGGUGGAGGGAAAAGGCUAGACCCUCACUUGCACGCUCUAUGGUGGGAUAUGUGUUUCAGAAGGAGGACUCUUAUAAACAUAGAUUGCUGAGAAUUUUGGAUGCAGAAUGUAACAUAGCAGUUGAAGAAUUAUUUGGGUGUGUUAAUUUGCGCUAUCUUGCAGACCGUCGUAGCCUGGGCCAGGGCAUGUUUGUGCUUCCUAGUUCAAUAUCCUUGGCAUGGAAUUUGCAUGCUUUAAUCUUUCAGAAAUCUUCACCGUGGGGUCCUCGAGUUGUUGCACCAAUUGAAAUUUGGAAGAUGCCACAACUUAGGCAUAUCCAGUGUGGUGGUGGAUUUUAUCUUCUUCAUCCCGACGGACAAUUGCAAGAUGACUUGAUAAUCUUGGAAAAUCUUCAGACGCUUGGGAAAGCAGUGAAUUUGAGGUUGAGUGAGGAUGUGUGCAAAAUCAUUGCCAACAUCAAGAUAUUGCAUCUUCAAUAUAAUGAUGCGUUGCAAGGAUGGGAUGCUAGUUUGAUUGGGUGUUUGUGUAAUCUUGAUCGUUUGCGUAGACUUGAAUCACUCAAACUGACAUGCGACAUUAGGUGGGGGAACAUGUAUUGUAAGCUGAAUGAGAUACUCACAUUUCCGAGAUUGCUAAACAAGUUGAGCUUGAGCAACAUCGGUUUUGAAUGGGAUGAUCUGAGAAUGAUUGGUUCGUUGCCCCUACUCGAAGUUCUCCAGGUACGACGUAACUGUGUCACUGGGAAAAAUAGGACAACGUGGAGUCCUGUUGACGGGCAGUUUCAACGCCUCAAGUUCUUGAAAAUUGAUUGGGGUAAUCUGACAUGUUGGAAUGCAGAUAGUUGUCAUUUCCCGAUUCUGGAGAAGCUUCUUCUUGUUGACGUAUUUGAGUUGGAAGAGAUCCCAUGGGGUAUCGGUGAGAUACCAACACUCAAACUUGUUCAUCUGCAUCUCUGUAGUAACUCUGCUGCGAUUUCAGCUAUUAAAAUAAAAGAUGAGCAGCUCGAGUAUCAGGAAAAUGAUGACCUUCAAAUCCAAAUUCGCGUCGACAAUUAUAACCUGAAGAGAUUCAUGGCAAUGGUGGAAACAGAGGGCUUGACACUCGAUAAUGUUCAAUUCAAGUUAAUUUGA